UAUUGGUACAUUAGGUCGACGAUCGUCUGUCGUGUUUGUCAUUUUGUUCCCGCAUAAACCUUAACGUUCUUGUUGUCAUGGUUCAUGUGUGAUGACCGUUAAAAAUUUGCCGGGAUAUUUUGCUUAAGUUCGUCCGGAAGUGAUUGAUUAUUUAUAUAUUUUACAAACGAUUAUAGUUCUACAUAAUGGAGACAAUUCAAAACGAAAACAAGGAGAAUUUCGUACAUGAAAUGCAAAAGCAAAGCGCCAUGGCCGUUCCUCAAAAACGACCAUUGGGCCAGAGGAAUACCAACGUGGAUCCGCAACCAGUUCAAUUGAAAGAAAAACAACCACUUACAGUACCCAGUUCAUUUAAUGCAUUUAAAGAACAAUUUGAAAGGAACAAAUAUAAAGGAACAAAAAAUAUAAAUAAAGAAAAUUAUUGCCAAAAAGGAAAUAAGAACAUAGUUAAUCCAGUUAUACCCUGCAACCAGUUUAAAGACUUUAAAGUAUUCGAAGAUGAACAGUAUCCGGAAGAAAAACUUAAAAAUCUUGCGGCUAAAAAUCCACCCAAAGUACAAGUACACGAAGAUACCAAGGAAGAGACAAAAGAUGAAGUGAAAGCGCCAGAAAAGAUAGUAGAAAAGGAAAAUAUAAAGCAAGAUUCGGAAUCACUCAGUCUAAAGACAUCCGAUGCACAUUUAUUCAUGACUAUAGAUGAUAAUUAUAAAAAAGACCAUGAAAUUCCGUCAACAAAACGUAUGAAAGAUAUUUUCUUUGAAAUGGAAGAAUACAGAUCUGAUAUUUAUCACUAUCUAAGAGAACAUGAGUUACGAAAUCGACCAAAACCUGGAUAUAUGAAGAAACAACCAGACGUUUCAUCUAAUAUGAGGACAAUAUUGGUAGAUUGGUUAGUAGAAGUAGCUGAAGAGUACAAAUUACACACAGAAACCCUGUAUCUUGCAGUAAAUUAUAUAGACCGAUUUUUGAGCUAUAUGUCCGUUGUAAGGGCCAAGUUGCAAUUGGUUGGAACUGCAGCAAUGUUUAUCGCUUCGAAAUACGAGGAAAUAUAUCCACCAGAGAUCAGCGAAUUUGUAUAUAUUACUGACGACACUUACACGAAAAAACAAGUACUACGAAUGGAGCAGUUGAUUUUGAAAGUUUUAAGUUUCGAUCUCUCAAUACCUACUCCACUAACAUUUAUCACAGCAAUGUGUGUUAGCAACAAUUUGAGUGAUAAAACUAUGUAUCUUGCCAUGUAUUUGAGCGAGUUGGCGUUACUUAACGGUGACAUCUACCUGGAGUUCUUACCAUCAGUUAUAGCCGCCGCAGCAAUAGCGCUUGCCCGCCAUACUUUAUGCGAAGAAGCUUGGCCUAAAGAACUCGUUCAAUCUACAGGCUACGAAGGUCUUCAAAUCAGAUCUGGCAUCUCGUUUUUAUACCAGAUGUUUGUUUCCGCUAUGACUUUACCUCAACACGCCAUACAAGACAAAUACAAGACCAGGAAAUGUAUGCACGUAUCUACUUUGAAGCCUCGCGAUGUGGCGUUAGAGUUAUAAUUUAAUUAGUAAUAUUUGUAAUAGGCUUAAGUCUGCCAAGGGGAUCGAAAAUUUUAUGGCUAGUUUAAUCGAAAAAGGUUCCAUGCCCCGACUUCGAAGAGGCAAUAAAUGCUCGAAUGUCAAUGGUGCGCGGAUGCGCUGUUGCCAAAUCUACGGAAUGAAAUUAAAUUUUGUUCUAUCUUGUAUUAAUAAAUAAAACACGGUUGCAUAUGACAUAUAUGAAAUGAAAUUACAAACAAAAUAGUUGUAGAUUUCGGUCCUUGGCAAAUGACAAGUAUUGAUAAUUACCGACUGAAUAUUAUUUAAUCAACAUUAAUAAUUUAUCGUAAAUUUAUUUAGUUCAAUAAUUACAAGACAUGAUUAAAAGACGAUUAGAAUCAUAAUCAAACCAAAUUACACUUCGUCAAGAAUAGUAAUGUACUUAUCAUUGACUUGACUUCGUCAAUAAUAGUAAAGGAUUUUUAAUAAAUUCAUAUGCCUACAUACAAACAGAAGUGUUUACUUCAUUCCACGUUGUUAUAUUGAAGGUAUACAGCCAACUACAGGGUUUACCCCCCUUUUAAACUUUUAAAGAAAAUUUAAGUUCAUUCCGUAAACUUGGCAACAGCGCAUCUGAGCGCAAUUAGCUUUUGAGUAUUCAUUGCUUCUUCUAGCUUGGGGCAUGGAACCUUUUUGGAUUAAAACUGCAAUAAAAUUUUCCACCCCUCUUGGUGGACGUUAACCUUUGUAAUAUAUUUUUAUAUUUAGUUUAAUUUUUAAGGGACAAUUUUUACUGAAAUGUGACGUUCCGUUUUACAGUAUUUUUAAGAGCUUUUUCCUAUUUGUUCGACUGAAUUUACACAACAUUAUACAUUGCCUUUUAAAAGUU